UGUAGGUCUUUCAGAAUGGUUCAUCAGACUCACGAAGGCCGGCGUGCUACGCUUGAUUCGUUUCUCUCCACGGACAGCCGGUGCUCGCACCUGCAGGAGCUGGUGCGGAAGGCGCAGCGGAGGGUCGACAUGCUUACCAGCUACGUCUCCAGCACCAACGGUGGCAAGGAGUCGGAGAAGCAGCGGACCCUGUGGCAGAGGCGCCUCAAGCUGCUCAACAGGAUGAAAGUCGGCUUCGAUCAGACGCGCCCUCCUGACCCCCCAGCUCGCGUCACAGUAGAGGUCACGGGUCCCCAAGAGGUCAGACUGCGUCUCGAUGAACCCGAUUGUCAGCAUCAGGCCAUCUGCACCAAGUACAAAGUCCAAUGGUCGACAUCUGCCGACUUCAGUAGCGUUGCCGGUGAGCGUGAUGUCACUGACCUGGUACCGCCACCCGAGCUACCCGUGAGACAGCUCACCCAGGGGCGACGCUACUUCUUCCGCGCGGCGGCCGGCAACUUCUGUGGCUGGAGCCGCUUCGUCAGCUCGAGUCCGGCCGGCGUCCUGCCCUCAGUAUGGAGGGACGCCGACCAGCGUGUGUCCCGACUGAGCGGAAAAGUGGCAGCUCUAGACCGGCUGUUUACUCAGAUCCGUGACUCCCGGCCCCAGUACGCCAGUGACCUCAGGAACCUGGACGGCCAGAGCGAGUCACCUAUGGCGCGGAAGAACAUCAAGAAGAAGAGUAUCAAGAACCUCUUCCAGACGGCCAUCAAGUUCCAGAAACAUCUCAGAAGCGGCGUGUACCUGGCCAGCGUCAUCUACCACGAGGACCGUGUUGCCAUGACAACCGAGGACUUUCUACCGGUCCUGGAAGUGGAUGAGUCCUACCCGAGCUCCAUUCACGCCGACUUUCAUUGGCUCAUGAAGGUGGCCUGCACGUGGGACGACGUCCGCUCGCUGCGCCAGGACAUGGAGAGAUCUCUGAGCUCCUCGUCGGUCCACUUCCGCAUCAAACUGCUGGCCGCCGCCGAGCAGCUGCAGUCGGCUCUGGGUGUCCAGGACCUGGGUCAGCUGUACUUCAAACCGCUGCGGGACUCCCACGGCACCCUGGUGUUCGUCGUCAUCUACCACAUGAGGUCGGGCAAGCUUCCGUCGGCCUCCGUAAGGUGGCAGCAGGUGAACAAGCUGCAGCGAAAGGUCUCCACGUCUGAGGAAGAGCCAACUGUCGGCGAGAGUCUCAUCUCUGAGAUCAAGGACAUCAUCACGUACCACAUGGUCUCCUCUGUGGGCGUGUCUCGCGGCCUCUACCUCGGCUACCUGCAGUGUCAGACAUCAGUCGACAUCAUACGGGUCAGCGUGUCCAAGGACAAGCCGAACGUCCUGCCGCACGUGCGCGUCAGAGACAACCCGCACGUCAGCAGCGAGGAGUGGGAGUGGCUCCAGGAGAGCUCCUCCUACCGGCCGCCGACCUCCGAGGAGGACGGUGACGUCACACCCGGCGUGACGUCAUCCAGUCAGAGUGUGACGUCACGCUUCAGGACCCAGGUGGAGACAGCGGUGCGGCGGCUGCUCAAACUGAUGGACGUCCCCGCGGAGCAAGCGGCCAACCACAGGCUGUACAACGCCGAGGUGCUGGAGCUGAACGGCACCACCAGUUUCCUGCUGCUGGUACCCGCUGCCGAUCAGGUGUGCUCGAUCAAACAGACGGAGGAGCUGACGGCGCCCAACGACUGCCUCCGGCUGCCCGUCCAGAUUUUCGAGAUGGUACACAUGAUGACCUACCAGCGCUCGUUUGUGAGCCGCUACAGUCGCAUCAGCUCCAUCCUGGAGACGGACACCAUCAUGGCGCAGCACGCUCACAGAGAGGCAUUCAGUGACGCCGAAAUCAGCGAGGCGCGGGGCCGUCUCUCGCAGCUGCAGACCUUCCAGACCGAACUGGAGGGUGUGUGGAGGACCUCCCGCUGGCUCACAGACGCCAUCGCUUGGGCCAGGGAUAAGACGCAGGAGGGCUGCCCUCUCUCGGUCGCUGCUCUACGCUCCUGGGACGGCCGAGAUGUCAGCGUCUCACCCGUUAGGGACGCCAAACGGCUGCGAAAGGAGGAGGCCCCGCCGGCGCCCAGCCCGGCUGAGUUCCGCAGAUCCAGCUCCCAGCGUCUGCUCAAGCCCCGUCCAGAGUUCCAAAAGUCGCGCACCUCCGAGUGCCUGCUCAAGUCUCGAGGCGCUGGUGAUGAGGGACGCGCACUGCUCGGUUACCAAGACUCGAGUAGCGAGGACUCUUUGUCCCGCCCCCGACCUCCCAACUCGGCCCGCAUUGUUGGGGGAGUGGGUGGCAGUGGUGGCGAGGGCAACGGCGGAGCGCAACUGCUUUCUGUGGCCUCUGAUCUUCGGAAGAGUUCCGCGCCAGAUGUGUACGUUCACGCAGACGUGGAGCGUCAGUGGAAUGCGGCACUCAGUCGCUCGACGCCCAGCUUUGGCGAGCGCCUGGCGCCACCUACUCGCCACUUACGCAUGCGUGGUGGCGGAGACCGCUCACCCAGCGACGCGAGCAGUUUGGCCUCCUCCGCGAGGAGUCUGUCGUCGAAUGACACAGAAACGGACACGGUCAGUGCCGACGAGGCUGACGACGCGUCGGCGGCGGCGCCGGGCGUGUUGCAGGUUUUCGCGGCGUACGAGACCGGACUGGCAGCGGGAACGUCGGUGCGGCUGCACGUAACGCCUCGCACGUGCGCACGUGAGGUGGUGGAUCUGGUGGUGAAGCAGCUAAACAUGGCUGUGGUACUGAAGGGUCGUCAAGGUCCUGUGUACUCCGCCGACCAGCUGCGUACCUUCUGCCUCGUGGCAGUGAUUGGCGCGAGGGAGAGAUGUCUGAGGGAUGAUUUUCGCCCGCUACAGCUUCAGAACCCCUGGAAGAGGGGAAAACUGUUCGUGCGACGUCGCACAGAGAUUUUAGCGGCGAUUCAGCAGAACUCUGCACGAGAUAAGGAAGCGGUCUAGGAUCAGGAGGCCGUGUACUCAACUUCGCUGUGAUUGGUUAUGGAAUGUGACUGCUUUGCGUGUGUUUAUUGUGCGCGCGUUCUGUGCGGUGUUGAAUGUGAGAGGUGCGUUUUAUCAGCAUUCCACGCGCGGUUGUAAUGGAUAUUUAUUGUGGUGGCGCGCGAGAGAGCUGCCAUCUGUUGAGCGCGGCGUGAAGCUGUACUUACGAUCGGGAACAGAGAUGGGCUGUUAAUUUAUGCCGAACUAUGUAGAUGCUUUGUUACUUGUAUCUUGUUGCGGCGGUGGCGCCGCGGCUUCAGGCGACUGUCUGAGGGUAGAUGAGGAUGGAAUAAAAGGGAGCCCCCAA